AUGAAGUUGAACGAAAAUGAGUGCAUUCUUACCCCGCGCCUUCUCCUUGUGCCAUACUGCUCACAUCAUGUCCUGACCUACCACCAAUGGAUGCAAGACGAAGACCUACAAAAGCUCACAGCAUCUGAGCCCCUCACGCUACCAGAAGAGUACUCGAUGCAAGAGUCUUGGCGACAAGAUGCCGAUAAACUGACGUUCAUCAUCUGCACAGCACCAGACCACUCAGCAUGGGCUGAGAAGAAGCAAGUUAUACCUGGACUGCAAGACGCGCCCGAGUGUAUGAUUGGAGAUGUUAAUCUCUUUUUGUAUCCUUAUGACGACGACGAUGAAGACAACGUACAGAACGAAGAGAAGAAAAACAGCGAAGACUUCGUAGUCGGCGAACUAGAAAUCAUGAUUGCCCAACCAUCAGCUCGAGGAAAAGGCCUCGCACACGAAGCACUCCAAGCAUUCAUGUGGUACAUUUCUUCCUCCCUACCCUCUCUCCUCGCAGAAUACACACAACAAGAUAAGCAAAGAAGAGCAAGCUUGCGCUACCUACGCGUCAAAAUCGACAAAGACAACAAGCGCAGUCUGGCGCUGUUUGAGAAACUAGGCUUCAAGCAUAGUACGGGCCCGAAUUACUUUGGAGAACUGGAAUUGAGAGCAAAUAUGCUAAAUGGGGGUGCCAAUAUGGAGAAUGUCGAGAAGCUAGUAUAUGGCUCUUCAUAA